AUACUUGGUGUUCUGGAGCGUACUUAGAAAGGUCACAGUGUUGGGGAGAAAGCUGGCGCAGUGAAAGUGUUUUUUUUCUUUCUUUUUUUUUCUUUGAUUUAAAUGUGUGAUGGAGUCUGGUUUUCUCACGUUUAUUCUUGUUUCUUUGUUUGCGGUAUAUUCCUCUCACUCUGGCAUCACAGACUGGAACGAUGUUGUGGUGGCUAGAGAGGGCAUGGUCACCACGUUGGUCUGUACUGAUAGAACAGUCAGGGGUGCUGUGAGCAUUAAGUGGAAGGUAAAGUCACAUGGUGCAGAUGAAUGGAAACUGAUUCUCUCAGCUAGUGAAAAGAAAACGUCCUAUUAUAGUGUCACAGAGGAAUCCAUGCGCCAGACUGACUUAAACUUUCGAGAGGGGGUUUUCUCUCUGGUUUUUUUUCCCAAAAUGGAGGACGGCGGACUCUACUCAUGCUUGAUAGAGCAACAAGAGAGGAAUAUGAAGAAAAUGAAGAUUAUCCUCCUAGCUAUCCUCACAGUCACCGUCAUCCCAUCUCCAGUCCUUGCUCAGCUCAGCACCCUGCAGCUGAUUGCCAGUGUUAAUCCUGUCUUCGCCAUCACCAAAAUCACCUGGGAAGCACCUGGUGGCAUUCCCAUGAAGAGCGAGCAAAUGCCAAAUGCCAGCACAGUGGCUAAACUGCCACUGUUCCAGAACAAUGACAGCGGGGUCUAUGUCUGUAUGGUUCACCCUUUGCGUAACAGCAGCACCAGUCUUUUCAUGUUCAGUGUGAACGUGACUGUUGAUGCAGCCAAACUGUGCCCAAUCACUGAUGUAACACAUGGCCCUGAUAUCUCCAUCGCCACACAGGCUCAUACAUCCUUCCCACUGACCUGUGCUGGUGUCCAGGGGGACUAUGUCCGGCUCCACUGGAAUCCCCCAGACACCAAGAAACAGACUAAUAUGAGGGUUGUGCACCAGUAUGAUCGCUGGAGGCAUUCCACCUCCUUGACUGAGCAAAGCGAGAGACUGAAGUUUGCUGGCCCACCCUCAAAUGCGGAGGCUGGGAACUUCUCCUUUCUACUCACACCAGAGAUCAAAGAUGGUGGCCUCUACAUCUGUGAUGUGUACCUCAAUGACAAGAGCUUCAGCCAGAGGACCGUUCUCAGCGUGCUGAAAGUUAAAACCACGCGUUCCUCCUCGAAGCUGGAGUUGGUUUGCCAGUACUCAGAGAGGUCCCAGGUCAAAAGCGUCAUUUGGGAAUACCAGAAUAAGAGUCGCCGGUUGAAAAUGUCAAGCACCAGCCCAGGCCGCAUCACCACCAAUUUGCCCUUACCCAUCACAUCUGACACAGCUGGGAACUACACCUGCACCCUAGUGCUGAAAAAUGGGAAGACCAUCUGGGCAACGCAAGCUGUCAUACUGCCCCUUAAAGGUGGAAGGGAUGAGAUUAUCAGUGUCACCACCCCCUCCCUCUUCCCUUUAUUACUCCUGGUGCCCCUGGUUGCAGUGGCUGUUGGGCUGUUGCUAUGGAGACAGAAACACAUCUCUGAUCGUGGUAUUGAGCAUUCCCUGUCUGUCCACUCGGGUGAAGCACAGAACAUCUAUGAGAAUCCUGAGGAUAUCAGACAGGCUCCUUUGCAGGGCUCAGUCUACAUGGAUUUGAAACCAAGAGGAGAGGAUGAUGUCUAUAAGGAACUGGAGCGAUAUGAGCAGUGUCAGAGCUGAUCACCUAGCCACGUCUCAUCCUCAUCCAGCUGUCACAUCUGCUCAGUUCCCAUCUGCAGCAGAAGGUCUUUUUAAACAAAAGUAACAGCUGAAUGUCAGACUUAGGACUUCAAGAAAAAUUCCAGUGCUUCGGGGAAAUGCUACUCAAUUGUUUAAAUGUUUUUUGUAUCCUGUUCUAUUGCUUCUCAAGUUCUUUAAUACUGAUUUGCUUUAUGAUAUGUUUUGAGGCUGGACAUGAGAGAGAGGAAGGGGAAAGAUUUUCUCAUAAGGCUCUGAAACUUCUUCCAAAUGUGGGAAGGUUAAUAUAUUAUGUUGUCUCAUUCACUGGUUUCCUUGACACUUUGUUUUAUUUUGUUAGGCAUUUGGUAUUGUACCAUAUUACCUUAUUGUCUGAUAUUUGUGUUUAAGCAAUGGUGGAAGAAGUAGUCAGAGCCUUUACUUAGGUACAAUCAGUAAUGCCACACUAUAAAAAUACGACUUAAGUAUAAGUGCAUAAAUAAGCACAAUGUACUUAAAGCAUCAUAAGUAAACGUAUUAAUUAUGCAAAAAAAUUGCUUAUUCGAUUAUGUUUUAAUUUCUAUAUUAUAUUUAUGAUUGAGCACUGCAAACCUCAAUUUUUGGUCACUUUUUAAAAACAAUAUACAACAAUAAGGAUUAAAGUUAAGGACUAAAAUUACUACACAAGUAAAUGGUGUGCACUGAACAAUAUGUCAGAUUUGACAAACUUUUAGUUUGAAUGUAAAAAUCUUAAUAUGCAAAAUAAAAAUGUAGUGAAGUGUAAGGACAAUCUUUCCCAAUGAAAUGUGUUGGAGUAGAAGUAUAAGUAGAAGAAACAUUGAAGUACAAGUAUUUCAUAUAUUGUAUUUAAGUACAGUACUCUAGCAAAUGUAGUAACUAUAAAUAUGCUUCAUUUCCAUCA